CAAAGAAGAAGAAGAAAAUCAAUCUUAUGAGGUUGUUUAUUUUAUUAUUUUCCGUUAAACUAAGACGAAAUGGAGAAAAGUAAUAAAAAACGAGGCGCCAAUUACACGUAUAUAGAAAAACAAAUGUUUCUAAAACUAGUGGACGAGUACAAACACAUCGUAGAAAACAAGGUAACGACCUCCGAAUGUGUACAAGCAAAACAGAACGCUUGGGAGACGAUAGCCAAGAAAUAUAACGACAUCUCAACAACGGGCCCCCGGAGUUGGAAGCAGCUUCGUCAUCUUUACGAAAACUUGAAGCAGAGGAUACGAAAGAAUGAUAAUGAAAAGAAUGAAAUAAUGAAAAAUCAAAACAUAUUAGACGCAGGUGAACACAGACACAUGAUAGAAAUAAAACCGUUAAUAACCGCACCCUAUGAUGAUGCAGCUACGUUUUUUGAAAAUACUUGUUCUAAUGAUGAGGACACAAUGGAUGAAGAAAAAUUAGAAAUACAACCAGAAAUAGAUUUAGAUAUUUUGGACAAUGACCAAGGACACAGUUCUAGGUCAGGAAGUCCAAAACCUAAAGGAAUUGUACAAAAAUAUUAUAGUAUGAAAAUAAAAAAUGCUGCCCUUGAAAGGAAGUACCUCAUGCAGAGAAAGAAGUGCCUUGAAAUUCAACAUAAAUAUAAAGUAAUGAUAGCAAAACUUAAACUACAAUUAAUUAGGAAAAAACUUCAACAAUCUUCAUCAGAUUCAAAUAGUACUAUACAUAAUGAUUGUACGUAAUA